GUUGGUCAGAGGUGUUUUUCACGGGUUUAUUGGACUUGACUAACUGGGGAGAAAUAUUAAAAUAGUGAUAUGGAUUUAUUUUUUUUGCUGCAAAUAAAUUGAUAUUUAAGUUCAAAUGAAAGGUCAAACAAAUGGUAGUGCCAUCUGCAAGGUGAAAUCUGCGUGAACGGAGUCAAGAAUUCCAGAAGUAAGACUAGAAGAAGACUGCUCAGUGAACCAGAAAGUUGCCGAGAUCAGAAGCGGCCAUGACAUUUCGUCAAAAAUGCGUGAAACACCUAGUCAUUCUUGGAGUUCUUCUGAUUAUCAUACAAGUGCUUUUAUCCAGUAAUUUUACUCACGUGAAGACUGUUUACAACAAUUUCACAUUUUCUGGAGUACAGAUAGUCGUAGAUAAUGUGGACACAAACGGCACCACAACUACGAGCAAAGGCAUUCAUCAUCACAUAGGUCAUGAAGGUCACAAUGGGUUCGAACUCGCCGCUUCGGCACACAAUGUGUGUGUCGCAAAUAAAAUAUCGUCUUCAGGCGCAAUGAAAACAAUACAUGCUAUUCCGGGCAAAAGACUAUUGUACUGUCCCAUGGAAAAGAUCGGGACAACGUUCUGGAGGCGGGUAUUCCACAUGUUAGUUGCAAGUGAUCGUGCAAAAUAUAAACAGCCAUAUGAUGUACCAAUUCAUAUCGCCCUUGGACAAGCAAAGCGUUUUACACAAACAAUUUCUAGUGCCAAAUCAGGGAAUCUGUUAACGCAGAGUGCAUUUAGUUUUUUGUUUGUAAGAAAUCCAUAUUCAAGGCUACUAUCAGCCUUUAUUGAUAAACUUGUUCCUCCUAAUCCGACAUUUUGGAAAGGAUUUGGCUUAAGGGCUAUAGCUCAGUACAGACCGAAAGAUGCUAAAGUUCCAAACGCGGGUAAAAGCUCCACACACGGAGGCCAUGAUGUGACAUUUGCAGAAUUUGUGAAAUUUGUGGUGAAUGCUGAAAAAACUGGUAAAGGUAUUGAUCCACAUAUAGUCAGUAUAAACAAAGGGUGUAAACCCUGUACCUAUAAUUAUAAGUUUAUUGGAAGAAUGGAGUCAUUUAAAGAUGAUGCGUUCUUUAUCAUGCAAAAACUCGACAUGAAUAGAACGAUUACCAUAAUGGAAACAUCGUUUAGCGAUUAUACCCUCGACGAUGCAAUCACUGAUAGUAUUAGAAGUCCAUUUCAGUGGAAAAAAGAAAUUGUCAAAUACAUAUCAUGGGAAAAGGCUCUACACAGAAUCUGGCUUAAAUUACAAAUGAGGGGAAUAGUUCAAACGAAUAUAAAUCUUAAUAUCGCGAAAGGACAUUUUGACAGUGUAAAUGUGAAUCAGUUUAUAGAAAUGGCCAGAAAAGCACAUAGAGAGUCGGACCCAGUAGAAUUGAAGAAACAGAAAGAUAUGGUUAAAAAAGAAGCAUUUGCCACUGUGCCUCUUAGUGAUAUUAAAGCAUUUAGCCAAGCUUUUAAGCCAGAUUUUGACUUGUUUGGCUAUGAUCCAAUGCCAGCUUACAUAUUUAAUCGCAGUAGUUCAGAGCCACAAGAGCCAACUCGUUUCUUUAAUUACACACAUCUUAAUUAAUACAUAUACUAGCAAUGGGCCUAAUAAUCGUUUAUAAUCGGCUUAUACCGUCAUAUUAAUGGAUUUGUUUUUAUUUAACAAUAACAAAUUAUGACUGUAUUUCUAUGAAAUAAACUAGCACAUAUUUUUUAAGAUCUCAGUAGGCAUGGUCAAUGGUUUUAUUGGUUUGAAUUAUUGAUAUGUUAAACCAGUCU